GUGGAAUGGGGGUUGGUAACAGUCUCAAGCAACGAUUGGUUAGAGGCAAUUUGGUAACAUCGGUGAAAUUGCUACAUUAAACUCAGUGGGAACUGGCGGCUGGUAGGGUUGAGGGCGGAUUAGCUGAUGUAGCUAUUCGUUGGCGUUGAGGGAUUGACUGAGAACGAUCUAGAAGCCCUGGCGUUAUGGUAAUUACAUGAAAGGAACUGUGUAUGUACCUUUUCCCAUUGACUCUUACGCACAUGGAAUGCUUAUUAUAUCGGCUGUAUUAGGAAAGUGACUCCCCAAAAUCCCGUGUAACAAUGUUCAUAUCUCCAACUUGUAAAGAAAGAGGGAAUGGCAUGAAUUCGGAAAAGCUAUCUACCAACUACAUGAUCUGCGCCAACUACCAGAAAGUUCUUCGAAAGAUUGCGCAAGAUAAUCCUGUAGAUGGACAUCCCAGUUUAUUAUUUCUUGAAGAAUACUCCACCACUGGACACCCUGACAAUACAACAAAAAUCAUGGCUUUACACCCCCAAUACCUAGAGUCUUUUCUCCGCACACAGUAUUACAUACUGCGUAUGGACGGACCACUCCCCUUUGAACACAGACAUUACUUGGCAAUAAUGGCUGCUGCCAGGCACCAGUGUUCCUAUCUGGUAAACAUGCAUAUAAAUGAGUUCCUGCAGGUGGGUGGCGACAGUGAAUGGCUAAGUGGCUUGGAGUACAUCCCCCAGAAACUUAAAAACCUCAAUGAAGUCAACAAAAUCCUUGCCCACAGACCUUGGCUGAUCACUAAGGAACACAUUAAGAAAUUACUUAAACCAGGAGAUAACAACUGGUCUCUGGCUGAGUUGGUGCAUGCCAUGGUUCUGUUGGCGCACUACCAUGCCUUGGCAAGUUUUGUCUUUGGAAGCGGCAUUAAUCCAGAGAUUGAUCAAGAUACCAGCCAUGGCUUCAGAGCACCAGUCGUCAGCAACUUCUGCAAGUGCAGUAACACCAAUGAGAGCCAUGUGGAGGAUGUCAUAUCUGUGCACAGCAGCCCUGGGACUUCUGACUCGGUCAGUGAAUUGGAAGCUCUUAUGGAGAGAAUGAAGAGACUUCAGGAGGAGAAUGAAGAGGAAGAAGCAUCGCAAGAAGAGAUGGCAACACGUUUUGAAAAAGAGAAGAAAGAGAGUCUUAUGGUAGUCACUGGAGCUUAUGAAGAUGAGUGGAUUCCAACCUCUUGCAUAUCUCGCUAUGUAGACGACCCAAGUUUUGGGUACAAAGAUUUUGCCCGCCGAGGAGAUGAUCAGCUUCCUACAUUCCGAGCGCAGGACUACUCCUGGGAGGAUCAUGGUUUUUCUUUGGUUAAUCGACUUUAUUCCGAUAUUGGUCAAUUGCUUGAUGAAAAGUUUCGCAUGGUUCGUAACUUGACCUACAACACCAUGGCAAUACAUGAUGAUGUGGAUACGACCACUUUAAGACGAGCUAUAUGGAAUUAUGUUCAUUGCAUGUUUGGCAUAAGAUAUGAUGAUUAUGAUUAUGGUGAAGUCAAUCAGUUGCUAGAACGGAGCCUGAAGGUUUAUAUCAAGACGGUGACUUGCUACCCUGAAAGAACCACAAAACGCAUGUAUGAUAGCUAUUGGCGACAAUUUAGACAUUCUGAAAAGAUCCAUGUUAAUUUGCUGUUGAUGGAAGCACGUAUGCAGGCAGAACUCCUGUAUGCUCUACGAGCUAUAACUCAUUACAUGACUUGAAGUCAGGAAAAAAUACUUUCUCCAAGAACUUGCUGGCAAUGGAAGCUGAACCAGUGCUGAUUCUAAUUUUUGGGGGCAGUGACAAUGAAUCCAUUCUAGAAUAUUGUCCAAAACAUUAGCCAUAAUGUGCAAUUUGUGCUGACUAGAAAAACUGAAACAUUGCUAAAGUUUAACACUGAAAAGUAAUCUUAUAACUGAUAUCACUUGCCAAAUUCACAGCCCAUUUAUAAUGUGUUUGCCUGUGCAAUAGUCAGGAGUAAUGUGAAGUGGUUUGUGAGAGAAAGUGAGCGAAGAAGGAUCUUGGUAAUUUCCAAAAUGUGAAUGAAAAAUGCAAACAUUUCUCAGGUUUUGUUUGCUUUAAAUCUAGCAUGGAUGUUGUUCUCCCUUCUAUGAACUUUUUUUAUUUGCGUUGUAGUUGAAUUCUAUUUGCACAUCUGUCUUUUAUAAGCUAAAUAAACUACAGGAGCUAAAUUAAUCUAUGAUGCAAGAACUGGACCCACUAAAGUUAAAGAAUUGUUUAAAAUAAAUGUGUUUGUUUGAGUGUAUGUUAUCUGAAACUUGUGAAUUUCUGCUUUAAAUAUUGACCAUUCUGAACUGUUCAAGUCACAAUCAUUUUUAUUCAUACCUCUUCCCAUUCUACAUAGACUAGAAAUGUAAUGUGCAAAAUGUUUUUGUAGAAACAGUGAUAUACUGGUAGAAGUGGUAUACUUUGAGCAAAUUGAAUACAUGUAGUUAGAUUACUAAACCAUUAGAUUCAUAACCAUUAAUGGACAUUUAUUGAUGGACAUUUAGCAUUCAUUGUUGAAACCUGGAUCAGAUUUGCUUUUGAUUAGCAGGCAACACUUGUAGGAGAUCACAUUCCUCCUUGACUUCAUUGCCCACAUUUGCCUUUGUUGCUGCCAUUGAAUUACAUUGUUUAUAAUUUCCUAAAAUGAAAUUGAUGCUCUGUGAGUUAACAUAGCAAUAACCAAUUGCAUUUGAGCGAAUGGUGGUUGAAAUUUUUCAAAACUAGAUGCGACACUGAUUAAAUCAAGUAGCAUAUAUGUUUUGAAGUUGGUAGCAGAAUUCUCCUAGAAGAUGCUAGUGUAAAUCUUUAGUUUGGGAAGGAGGAUUAUUCCUGUUCACCAAAACUAACUCCUACUUGCAUUGAGAUAUUAAUUGAGAUAUUAAUUAGGGAGAACCACUUUUCAAUAUGCGAACAGAGGUAGAGCAGAACAAUAUGGCAAUUAUCACAUGUUAUUUAUUUUAGAUGUAUAUUUUGAUUAGUUUAGGAAUAUUGAUGCAAUCGGGAAUAAUAAUUGAAGCUGCCAUAAUAAAAUUCUAUUAAUAUUUUAAAAAAACAGUCCACUCCUAUCCAAUUGCAUUGCAUCAUUUAUCAGAGAAACAAUUAUGGUUAUGCAAACUAACUAUUUGUAUGACUUAUUUGGCAAUGGAAGCAAAGAUACCAGAAGUAACUCUUUAGCAUGCAGUUACACCAAAAUACUAUUAUCUGAGGAACAGUUUUUAAAUAUUCUGUAGCAUUAUAUGAACAAAAAUAUCUGCUGACAUAAUUGACGAUGCUCUUGCAGUUAAAACUUUUGAAAUAUGUUUUGAGAGUUAAGUAAUGUUGGGGCCAGAACACUUAAAUGUUUGAAAGAGAAACUAGGGUUCUGUUUUUAUUUCUCACUUCAUAGGCAUAAUCCCAUUUCUUUUUUUUUUCUCGAAGCUGAUUGAAGUCUUGGUGACCACAGUGAGUGUACGUUGUGUCAUUGUGCUGGCCAACCUUUCCUAAUUUUUUUUUCAUCUAGAAUUAAUAUAAAAAACAUGAAUGAUGCAAACCAAUCUUGAUCAGAGAUUAGAUUAAGUGAAUCAAAUGGUUCUAUUGUUAGGUGUUUAGGGUUGGCUGGGGGUGUCGGUUAUAAAAAUAUGACAUUUUAAUUGUGUCCGCCUUUUCUUUAGCCCCACAGAUAUUCCCAUAUCUAAUCAUUUUCUAGGAUUCCAGAAUCAUCCAAAACUAGAAAACAAUAAUCCCACAGGUAAUGUUUAAUUAGAGAACUGUGAUGUGCACUUGACUGAAUCCUUCCAAAAAAAUCAUAGAUGACCAAAUCAUUAGCUUUGGGUACAAAUUGUAUAAUUAAUAAAAAUCUGAUUUGAAAUAAAGUGGGCAAGGAUGAUGCUUUCAUGAUAUAUGGAAUAUCCUUCAGAAGCUUGGAUUAUGAAUACACAAACAUGAUGCAGAUGUUCUAAGCAUUUACAGCCAUUUAAUUAUUUAAAACAGCAAGUAGAACUUUUGACAAAAUUAAAAUAACAAGUUUGGAUGUUGCACAAAUGUAUAAAUUUCAUGCAACAGGCUCAGGUUAAAAUAUUGAAAUCAGAAUUUACAGUUUAUCGCCCACAUUGAAGUGUUGUUUUCACUGGUAUUUUUGGCCAUUAGGCUUCUAUAUUAAUGCACAAUUUUCCACCUAAAGGAAUUCCUCAUUUUACAAUGGAAGUGUAGUUUUGGUAUCACUACAACAGAGAUAACAUAAUCUCCCCCACUUUAUAGAGACUGGAAGAGAGCCAGACCUUUAUUUCACAAAUGAAUGCCAAAAGGACUCUUGUCAACUUAAUGAGGAAAUUUGUCUUUUUAAAUUUUGUGUUGCUUUAGAUCACUCUCUGGCCAAAUCUGUAACUGCCAUUAGUUAGGAAAUGGCACAAGUAAACUCCAUUGGAUCUGUUGAUUUUUAACACUUUUUGACAUUAAUCAUAAAUAUGCUAAUUAUAUAGUGAAAUCUAUGAGGGAUUAAUAAGUGUUGGCCACUGUCAAAUCCAUGGAUCAGACACCAUGCCCAUAAUUGUGCUUGGGGUUCCAGGUCAUAAAACAUUUAUCACCUGGUGUGCAAGGAUGCUUCAUCCUGGCAUGCUAAUUUAAAGUGCAUUGGAGGAUUUGGUUUUUGUCGUAAAACAACCAAUAUGAAAUUUCUCAUGGCCUACCACAGAUUAUAACAUUAAUUCAAAAGUUCUUCACUAGUUAUAAAACUUUUUAGGAUAUCUCAGUCAUUCAAGUUGCUGUAUAAAUGCACACUUUUUUAUUUACAUGUCUGGUAUGUAGAAUGGAGUAUGAAUACAUUUGAUUCUUAUCCACAUAACAUUGAUGUUUUCAUUUUAGAAACAACAAAAACUGUUAAGUCUUAAGAACCAUCUUAAGGAGGAUGUUGAAUCUACCAAAAGGACCAGCUUUUAAUGUGUGCUGGUGGAGAAAAAACUGGAUUUAAAUUUAAAUGGAAUUAAAACUUGAACUCUUUGCCAAUGCCUUACUCUUCUGGAUGACUAAGUAUUAUAUGAAUGACAAAUAAUGAAUGUAUAUUCCUAUAGGUGAAUCUAGAAAUUAAAGCUUUGUUUCAAGUGGUAAUUACUCCAAUUUAAAAUACUAGAUUUCCAAAACGAAACAAGUAUUUUUAUGGUGUGAGCUAAAUCAUCUUGUGAUAUCUAUUUGACUAUCCAACAGUAUUAUAAAUAAUCUUGGAUGCUUUGGUACUAUGCACAUUCAAUCAUUUAUAAUCAAACAACAACUGUGAUACUAAUCUUGUAUUGUGCUUUGUUACUGUAUGAUUAAGUUGCUGUAUAAUGUGUUUGUAAAAUAUUGCAUUGCAUGAAACAAGUGUCACCUGUUUCGAUCCACCCACUUUUCUUUUUGCAGUGUAUUUGAAAAAAGCUACUUUGAAAAGGUUCAGCAAUUGUAAAUGCAGAAGAUGGCACCUGCCAUAUUUGACACAAUCGUGUUUAAUGUGUGGGAACAAAGUAUUUUUUUUCUACAUGGCUCUUGUUAAUUCACUUAUUGGUGAAAAUGAUCCCAGGUAGCUGCAAAUAGAAGAUGAGAAUGGUGAAUCUGUGGUCACCAACAGUCAAAAGGGUGUUUUGAAUUUUAUUAUUUUUGUAACUCUGUUAAUUCUUGCAGAAGUUUUUAUUUAACAUCUUUUCUGAAUGCUUUUUUCCCCUCUAAUUUUAUACAGAAAAUGUGAUUAUGGUUGUGAUAGAUAUUUAAGUAAAGGUAAUUUGGGUUUUUUUCCCAGUGAUAUUUUCAAUUUUUAUCAGAUGGAGGAAAAACACAAGACAAACUAUUGGGAUUGAUACAGAUGACGUUUUGCAUUGCACUUUGAUGAGCAAGACUCUUGAGACUGACAAUAGUUUCUUCUGUUUAAUUUGACACGAGUAACAAUGGAACAAGUGCAUUCUUAACCAUACACUCUACCCAAAGGAUAAUCUGCACUUAUUCCUGUGGUUGAAGAUGUUCUAUUAUAGGUACGAAAUGAUGAAGUUGGUUUGUAAAGAAACAUCACAUUUAUAUUUGGAGAUUUCAUUGUUGUUAUUGAGAAGGAAUGAAGAUAAAUUUGUUUCAAUAAAAUUGGAAAAACAA